AUGGUUAAACAGACUCUCAGCUCCACACUGGACUCAGAUCUGCCAGACAUCACAUCACUGAACCUGCAGGAUCAAGAAUCAGCUCCGAACAGUAAAACACACACUCCAGCCUCUUCUAAUGGCCCUAGGAGGAAAGCAUGCAUUCAGUCUCUUAAAAAGAGGGUGACUGCAGAGCCCGCAGAAAGGGACAAGAUGGAGAGGGAGAAGACGCCUUUGGGAUUCCCAGACUCUGUAUACAUUCAUGCUGCAGAUAUUUUCCAGAAAACCCACGUGGAGAAAGACCUCGCACAACGCCUCAUUCGCUAUAGACACACCAGUCCUAAAGACGAUGGAGGAGGGGAUGAUAACGAUGGAGGUGAUGAUACUAACGAUGAUGACGAUGGAGAUUCUGGGAUUGUUGAUGACGGUGAUGCCAACACCAAGAAGAAUGAGCACUGGGCGUACGAGCUGGCGUUCAACACUCUGAAAUACCAAGAUCUUCUGGAGGAGAUCCUGACUGACAGCUGCUUUCACCGGUCUCAGCAGACGCCAGAUGAUCUUAUGGCUCUCGUGGCGGUCAUAUUCUUUGACCUCCUGGACAGGAAGUUCCAGCCCAGAGAGCCAAUCUACAGAGCAGAGGAGGGACUAAUAAAGGACGUGAGAGAGGUGGAGAACAGCCUUUGUAGGUUCAAGACCAAACUGGAAGCCUCACUGGCUCAGUACAGAAUAAAACUGAAUUUGCUGACAAUUGACAGUUUCCUUCCACCAGCUGUGAGGGUCAAACAACAAAGAUCACAGACAUUACCGCUCUAUGCCUGGGUCAACACCCUCAAAGCCAGCGUAGAAAAUGUAUGUGAGACUCUGAAGACGUCAGGCUUCACUCAGGUCGACUCGCACACACCUCUGGUAGGAAAUGUGUUCUGUAAAGACAAACACUGUUCCAAUGUACUACUGUUUCCCAGACGGCUCUCAAAACUGCUGCAGAAAACCAACCUAGUGACAGAACACACACUCAUAAUACAGGAUAAAUCUCGCAGUCUGGCAGCGUGUGCGAUUCGCCCGCUGUUGGUGGAGAAUGGAGACGUUCUGAUGGUGGGGUCUUUCUCUGCUCUGACUGUGGCUCAUGUGGCCGUCCAGGCCGCUGCCUGUUCUGGCUGUGUACAUGUAUGUGGGGUCCUUAAUGUCUCCACAUUCAACAAUGAAUUACAAACCGUCCUCGCUUCUACUGCCUGCAACAAUGUGAAACUGAUGCCUGAGUGCUUCGGUGAACUUAAUGAAUCGGAUUUGCGUUUUCAGAAGGUUCGCUUGAUUGUGUUGCUCCCAAGGUGUUCUGUGUCAGCACUUUGUAACCCGGUUGAGUUUAUCCUCGAUGAGAGCGGAGACAGAGGGCUGCUGCACGGCCUAUCUAAAGGAAUCAUCUCUGAGAGUAAACUGGAGGAACUGGUUUCCAAGCAGAAACAAGAUCUCAAGCAUGCGCUCGGCUUUCCUAAGGUGAAAGCUGUGGUGUACUGCACAUGCUCAGUAUAUCCAGAGGAGAAUGAAAGACUUGUGAAGAGAGCACUUGAGAACGCAAGCAGCAAAGCAAAAGCUGUGCCCUUCAGGCUGGUAAGCGCAGGAUGGGAUGAUGAGGAAGAGAAGUUUUUCAGAACUCAAGCAUCUGACGUCACUAACGGCUGUUUCCUCUGUGUGAUGAAAAGAGAGCAAGACCCAGCAGAGGUAGAAACUGUGCAGGAUAUUUUAGCACGAGCUGCUGCUAAAGGUUUGUUGGGGGGGCUGCUGCCUCCUGACCCCGAGACCGGUGAGAAAGCGAAAAAGAGAAAAAAACAAAAAGCACCCAAACUUCCUCCUUCCUCCCUCAUCGAGCCUUCCUCAUCGUUGAUGAUCAGUCAGAGUCCUCCAGCUGAAGAUGUGCUCCAGACAGCAGACGAUUCAAGUCACACUUCCAGAGUCCUGAAUGACAGUUCCACAAUCCUAGAUCAUGAUUCAAGUCUAAACUCUGCACUUGUGGAUGCCACAUCUAGCACUACAAAUCCCUCCAGCUUUGUAGACCCCUCAUCCAACAAUAAGAUUCAGCCUUCCGUUGUGCAGAAGAAGCGACCAACAGGUCAUAAGCCUCGAGCUAAAGUUGCCAAGCAGUCCAGUAGAAAAAAGUCUAAGUCCCGCACUCGUAAAGAACGUCAGAGCAGGUCUCGACCUCCACGCAAGAAACUCCUGCACCUUCGGCCAUCUCAACACACAACCAUUACCUCCAUUAAACCCACUCCACCUCAGAGCAAUCCCGCCUCCAGCAGAACCCCAGUGUCAUCGCACAGAUCCAGACAAUUGCACAGCAGGGGGUCCGUUAAACCAAAAAAGGAAACGAGCAAAUCAGAAGACUUCAAGCUAAACAGGGAGGAAAUCCAGUCAAGAGAGUUCAGUCUUCCUCCUGUUCAUCCGCUCAGUUCUACACAUCUCUCUUCAUCUCACUAUCGAUUACACUCCUCCGUAUCUUCUGCUUUGUCCAACAGUAUUUCCUCUUCUAGCAGCAUUGCCAGAGACUCUAGCUUUUGGCAUUGAGUUACAAUCUGUUGUUUAAAAAUACACAUCCUGUGUGCUUCCGUGCAAAAGAAGAAUUGUAGUAAACAAGUUUAUCACCCCUGAACGCAAGGUACUGAUCUCAUGACUUAAACAGAUUAGGGUUCAUUAAAAUGCCUUCAUUAAUUACUCACCCAUAUGACAUUUCAAACACGUAAAUUUGUUCAUUUUAGGAACACAAAUUAAGGUAUUUUUGAUGAAAUCUGAGGGCUUUCUGACCCUCCAUAGAAAGCAAGGAUCCUAUCAUGGUCAAGGCCAAGAAAAGUACCAAGAACAUCAACAAAAUAGUCAGUGGUUCAACCAUAAUUUUAUGAAGCUACAAGAAUAUUCUUGUGCACAAAAAAAUUACAAUUAUGACUUCAGGGGUCAGAAAGGGUUUAGAAAAUUUCAGAGUUUAAAUGACAUGAGGGCGAGUAAUUAAUGACUAUGCCUUGUUUAU